AUGAACUACGACGUGCUAUUAAAUCGUACUGGAUUCAACAAGCUGGCGAUAACGCCACAGCACUUUCGCAGCGUGUCCGAAGGUGACUCUCGACAUCGUGACCAAUCCCAGACUGUGGAUCACGGCGACGAUGGCACGAAAACUCAUGGAAGGAAAAUAUCGCUUCCACCUCAGGCACAUCGUCAUGAAACGGUAUCCGCAUCUUCGAGCCCAAUGCGUGGUGCCUCGGGGUCAAACUUUGUUCCCGGAGGUUCUGGUGAGGAGUUUAAGGGCAAGGUGGAAUCGAAAUUACUGACAAUGUGGAACAACAUGAAGUUCGGGUGGAGCUACAAAAUGAAGACAAACUUCUCCAAAGAUCAGCCACUGUGGCUGCUUGGCCGAUGUUACCAUCAAAAGUUAACCCCCGUGCCGUCAAUGGAAAGCUCGAUCGAAUUCGGAACUUCGGGUCCGGACGGGCAGCUGGUGCUCCAAAAUGUUCCCUCUGUUUACCUGGCAGAGGGUUCCAACUCACCGCCAGAAGAAACGGGUACGGACGCCAUCGAGGACAGCAGCCCGGAAGCGAUCGUCGAAGAAGAAGGUAUUGACGCGUUCCGAAGGGACUUCAUUUCGCGUAUCUGGAUGACGUACCGACGGGAGUUUCAAACGAUGGACGAUUCAAAUUACACCUCCGAUUGUGGUUGGGGCUGCAUGAUACGCAGUGGUCAAAUGUUGCUAGCGCAAGGCUUGGUAGCUCAUUUUCUCGGUCGUAGCUGGCGAUGGGACGUUUCGUUGUUUACGAUUUACGAGGAAAGUAUCCAUCGCAAGGUGAUCCGGUGGUUUGGAGACACCUCUUCGAAGACGAGUCCUUUUUCGAUACAUACGUUGGUAGCUUUGGGGAAGGAAUCUGGUAAAAAACCAGGUGAUUGGUACGGACCGGGAGCGGUGGCACACUUAUUACGACAAGCAGUGCGGCUAGCGGCCCAGGAGAUUACCGAUCUAGAUGGAAUAAAUGUCUACGUUGCACAAGAUUGUGCUGUUUACAUACAAGACAUUCUUGACGAAUGUACGGUUCCAGCGACUCCGGCGGGAGCACCGUGGCAGAAAAAAGAGACCAUUAGUUUAAACAAACAGCGAUCCUCUCCCUGUGUGGAUGCAGAUGAGGAGACGCAGACCACCCAUUGGAAAUCGUUGAUUUUGCUUGUACCGCUUCGACUGGGUGCUGACAAACUAAAUCCCAUUUACAACGAAUGCCUUAAGGCGAUGCUCAGCUUAGAUUACUGUAUCGGCAUCAUUGGCGGUCGUCCAAAGCAUUCUCUGUACUUCGUCGGAUACCAAGAAGACAAACUCAUCCACCUCGAUCCACAUUACUGCCAAGAUAUGGUCGACGUUAAUCAGGAAAAUUUUCCGGUUGCAUCGUUUCAUUGCAAAUCACCUCGAAAGAUGAAGCUCACUAAAAUGGAUCCAAGCUGUUGCAUUGGGUUUUACUGCGAAACUAAAAAGGAUUUCUACAAAUUUAUUGACAGCGUGAAACCCUUUCUCAUACCCGUUCAUCAACCGAACCAUGAGACGGCACACAUGCCGUCCGCAUCGUCACCGGGUUCCGUUAGCUAUCCGAUGUUUGUAUUUUGUCGUGGAAAGAGCAGCGAACAGCGAGCAGACCUUCACGGAAAUUCUGCCAACUACUAUCCCCAUACAGCAGCUUAUCGAUCGCUUCCGACGGCCAUACCUCAAUCAGCCAACGCCAGCAAUGAUGAGGACGACGAUGAUGAUGAGGAUGAGGCAAUAGAAUUUGUCAUUCUAUAACAAUGCCUUUUGGCGGAAGAUACGAAUCCCGAUUCCUUAAUGUGUUUCGCCGAUGAUCGGGGCGUCGAUGAUAGGGCUUUUGAGAGGUAAUAGAUAAUAGCGUAAGCCUCCUGCCCUACCUUUAGCGCCAAACAUUCCAUCGGUAAUGAAAUUUGGCCCUUGACGUGUAUGAUACGACAAGAACAAAACAAAAAAGUGCUUCAGAAAAUAGCUACUAGUAGCAAAAAAUCUGCAAUGCACGAAAUAUCACGCAGUACUUAUAAUGUGAUUGAAUCAUUUCGGGCAAACAAAUAUGAAGUGUGCGAGCUUAAGAAAUUUUGAUUCGCCUUUCAGAAGAUUGUAGUUGUUCGAAAAAGACUAUAACCAGCCCCACAAACUGGUACUAAGCUUAAAAACUGCUAACUGAAGAAGAUAUGUGUACUAUAAGUAUGUCAAUACAUUUAUUAAUAGAAAAUUUAUUUAUUUUUUUAGUGAUUUGUAUCAUUUAGUAUAUAAUCUUGUUUUACUCAAAUACCACCUGGGUCAUUAUUUGUAUCCGUACUUAUUGGCAGAUUAUGAAAAACUGUUACG